AUGUCGCUCACAAAGGAGCAAGCAGCGGCAACGCUGGAAACAUACAUUCGCGAUGUGAGGAAUCGCACCUCUAGCGACGACGCGCGGAAGCGCGCUGCUCGGCAGAUCAGAGAUUUGGUCAACGUUGCGAAGCAAGGCAAGUCCACAAAUCCUGAGUUUCUCCUCAGAUUCCUGUCAGAUAUUGGAACCCAUGCUAACAUACAACGCUGUAUAGAAAUGGGCGCGGAGCAGUUUACGGCCUUUUUCAACACAGUCAACCAAAGGACCAUGGCGCUUAUACAAGGGACCGACACGUGUGACCGGAUGGGCGGUGUUUACAUCCUCGACGCUUUAGUCGACUUCGAUGGUAUCGACCUAGCCCUCAAAUACAGUCGCUUCGAGCAGCACAUUGGCUACAUCCUCCGCAGCAAAGAUGUAACACCAAUGCAGCCCGCCGCGGUCGUCUUGGGAAAGCUCUGCAAACCCGGUGGCUCUCUGAUCUCAGAGCUUGUUGAUGCCGAGGUCAAGCUUGCUCUGGAGUGGCUCCAGUCAGAGCGAGUUGAAGAAAGGCGAUAUGCCGCCGUCCUCAUUCUACGCGAGCUGGCACGCAAUGCGCCCACUCUCAUGUACCCGUACGUCAACUUCGUCUUUGAGCAGUCCUGGAUCGGCCUCCGAGAUCAGCGACUGUUGAUCCGGGCCACUUCUGCCGAGACAGUCAGUGCCUGCUUCAAGAUUAUUAGGGAACGUGAUCAGGCCAUGAAGCAGGAGUGGAUGGACAAGAUGUUCCAUGAAGCCGUCAGGGGACUCAAGACCAACACUGUCGAGUCAGUCCAUGCUUCUCUCUUGGUUCUCAAGGAGCUGCUAGAGCAGGGUGGCAUGUACAUGCAAACCCACUACGGCGAGGCAUGCGACAUCGUCUUCCGUCACAAGGACGCCAAGGACCCGGCUAUUCGCAAGACGGUGGUCCUCCUCAUCCCGGACUUGGCCAACUACGCACCGAACGACUUUGCAUCAACAUAUCUGCACAAGUUUAUGAUUCAUCUUUCUCAUAUGCUUAAGAAGGAAAAGGAAAGGAACGAUGCGUUUCUCGCUAUCGGUAACGUUGCCAACUCAGUCAAGAGCGCCAUCGCUCCCUAUCUCGAUGACGUCCUCAUAUAUGUCCGGGACGGCCUAAGUAUACAGUCGCGGAAGCGAGGCUCGGUCGACCCCGUCUUCGAUUGUAUUAGCCGUUUGGCCGUGGCCGUAGGUCAGACCUUGAGCAAAUAUAUGGAAGCGCUCCUGGAUCCAAUCUUCGCCUGCGAGCUCACUCCGAAACUAACCCAGGCUUUGGUUGACAUGGCCUUUUACAUUCCCCCAGUCAAGGCUACCAUCCAGGAACGGUUGCUCGAUAUGCUCAGCAAGGUAUUGUGCGGAGAACCAUUCCGGCCGCUAGGAGCACCGCAUCCCAACACACUCACUUCGAUUCCGGCCAUCCCAAAAGAUCCCAAGGACCCAUCGGUGCAGGAGCGAGGAAAGGCCGAGGUCAAAUUGGCUUUGAACACCCUUGGCAGUUUUGAUUUUUCAGGACAUGUCUUGAACGAGUUCGUCCGCGACGUUGCGAUCAAAUACGUUGAAGAUGACGAUCCGGAGAUCCGUGAGGCAGCUGCUCUCACCUGCUGUCAGCUUUACGUGCGCGACCCCAUUGUCAACCAGACAAGUUACCAUGCUCUUCAGGUGGUCGCAGAUGUUAUUGAAAAGCUCUUGACAGUCGGCGUCUCGGAUCCGGAUCCCGGCAUUAGACGCACUGUUCUGGCCGCCCUCGACGAGCGCUUCGAUCAGCACCUAGCCAAGGCUGAGAAUAUUCGGACCUUGUUUUUCGCCCUUCACGACGAACAAUUCGCCAUCAGAGAGGUUGCGGUUUCGAUCAUCGGGCGUUUGGCUCGUUACAACCCGGCCUACGUCAUUCCACAGUUGCGUAAGACCAUUAUUCAGAUGCUAACGGAAUUGGAAUACACGGAUGUGGCCAGGAGUAAAGAGGAGAGUUCCAAGUUGCUGAGUCUGCUUACGCAGCAUGCCCAGGACUUGGUCAAGCCCUACGUGAACUCCAUAACCGAGGUUCUCUUACCAAAAGCGCGUGAUCCCACGCCUUCUGUGGCUGCAACGGUCCUUCAGGCGAUCGGCGAGUUGUGCACGGUCGGCGGUGAAUCCAUGCUUGCUUACAAGGAUACGUUGAUGCCCAUUAUCAUUGACGCCCUACAGGAUCAGAGUGCUCCUAUCAAACGGGAAGCUGCUCUCCACACACUCGGUCAACUUGCUAGCAACGCUGGCUAUGUCAUCAAACCCUAUCUCGAAUAUCCCCAACUUCUGGAGAUUCUCCAGUCAAUCAUCCGCGGAGAGCCCCAACACGGCACAUUGCGACAGGAGACCAUCAAACUUAUGGGCAUUCUAGGCGCUCUGGACCCUUACAAACAUCAGCACCUUCGGCAUUUGACCGAUCAUCUACAUGAAAUGCUCCGGGCUAGUCCUGCAAAGGACAGUGUGGCCAGCCAAGUGGCCAAUGUUGCGAGUGCGAGGAGCGGAAACCCCUCAGACAAGACCCCUGAUUCCCUCAAAAACGCGUUGACUAACUUGAUGCAGGUCGAAGAAAGGACUGAUGACAACAAGCGGAACAAUGAAGCCGCCCAACUGACUGAUGUCUCUCUGAUGAUGGGUGGCCUAACACCAUCUAACGAAGACUACUAUCCGACCGUGGUGAUCAACGCACUGCUUCAGAUCUUGAAGGAUCAGUCUUUAGUCCAGUGGCACGGAAACGUUGUCGAUGCCAUCAUGAGCAUUUUCAUCACUCUGGGACUGAAGUGUGUACAGUUCCUUGAUCGUGUGGUCCCCGCCUUCAUAUCAGUCAUCCGUGCAUCGAGUAACGCCCGGCUUGAGUUCUACUUCAAUCACUUGAGCAGGCUGGUCAGUAUCGUUCGCCAACACAUCCGAGUCUAUCUCAAGGACAUCAUCGAUGUUCUUCAGGAGUACUGGCACACAACUCUUGCGCUUCAAAGCACUAUCCUGGGAUUGAUAGAAUCAAUCUCGCGGUCUCUUGAGGGCGAGUUCAAGAUCUACCUCGCCAAGUUACUCCCACUUAUGCUGGGCGUGCUCGAGAAGGAUGUUAGCACGAAGCGGCAACCUAGCGAGAAAGUGUUCCAUGCGUUCCUGGUAUUUGGCUCAAGCGCCGAAGAGUACAUGCAUCUGAUAAUCCCAGUUAUUGUACGCCUCUUCGACAGUCACAGCCAGCCAUUGUUCCUUCGGAAAUCCGCCAUCGAGACGAUCGGCAAGCUUUCGAGCAUGGUGAACUUGAAUGACUACGCGUCAAAGAUCAUCCAUCCUCUGACUCGUGUGUUGGCUAGUGGCGAGCCGAGUCUUCGGGUUGCGGCUUUGGACACACUUUGCGCCCUUAUGCUGCAACUAGGACGCGACUACUUGCAUUUUGAGCACACGGUCGACAAGGCGAUCUCCAUGUAUGCCAUCCAGCACUCGAAUUAUGAAAAGGCUAUCGAGAAGCUAAAGAAGGGCGAGGCCCUCCCACAAAAUCUCGCUCCUCGGUUUGAAGAUAUCUCCAUGGAGGGCUUUGCUGCCGAAAACAACCCGCCCAAGAAGUUGACCCUGAAUCCGGUGCAUCUCAAGCAAGUGUGGGAAACCAAGGGCAAGUCCACCAAGGACGAUUGGCAUGAGUGGUUCAGGAAGUUUAGCACAACUCUUCUUACCGAGUCGCCGAACCAUUCCUUGCGUGCUUGUGCCAGCUUGGCCAGCAACUACCAGCCUCUUGCGCGUGAGCUCUUUAACUCGGCCUUCGUGUCCUGCUGGAGCGAGCUUUAUGAACAGUUCCAGGAGGACUUGAUCACCAACAUUGAGAAUACGAUCAAAUCGGAGAACGUGCCACCGGAUCUCCUUGGCCAGCUUCUCAACCUUGCCGAGUUCAUGGAGCACGAUGAUAAGGCGCUGCCUAUUGACAUAAGAGUAUUGGGACGUGAGGCCGCACGUUGCCACGCAUACGCAAAGGCUCUUCACUAUAAAGAGCUUGAGUUUUUGCAGGACCAUAAUAGUGGUGCAGUGGAGGCUUUGAUUGUCAUUAACAACCAGCUUCAGCAAUCCGAUGCUGCCAUCGGUAUUCUUCGUAAAGUAAAGACCUACAGGGAAGGUAUUCAGUUGCGCGAGAGUUGGUUCGAGAAGCUCGAGCGUUGGGACGAGGCCCUCAACUUCUACUGCCAACGCGAGCGCGAAAUUCCCGAAGACCAGCCUGUUCCCGUUGACAUUGUGAUGGGCAAGAUGCGUUGUUACCAUGCUCUUGGCGAGUGGGAUUCCCUAGCUACGCUUGCUGGAAAGACCUGGGCCAAUUCAGCACCUGAGAUUCAGCGACGCAUUGCUCCAUUGGCCACAACCGCUGCCUGGGGUCUCGGCAAAUGGGACUCGAUGGACAGCUACCUUCAGUCAAUGAAGCGCUUCUCCCCAGAUAGAGCCUUCUUCGGUGCAAUUCUUGCCCUUCACCGCAACCAGUUCAGGGAGGCUAUGGCGUGCAUCGAGCAAGCUCGCGAAGGACUGGAUACCGAGCUUAGUGCGCUUGUUAGCGAGUCUUACAACCGGGCUUAUCAGGUUGUAGUACGCGUCCAGAUGCUCGCGGAGCUGGAAGAGCUCAUUGUCUACAAGCAAUGCGACGGAGAGAAGCAGGCAACCAUGCGCAGAACCUGGGAGACUCGUCUCAAGGGCUGCCAGCGCAAUGUCGAGGUAUGGCAACGCAUGCUGCGUUUGAGAUCGCUUGUCAUGACUCCGCAGGAGAACAUGCAUAUGUGGACCAAGUUUGCCAACCUUUGUCGCAAGUCGGGCCGCAUGGGACUCGCCGAAAAGUCACUCAAGCAGCUUAUUGGAACCGACUCGCCGUUGGACUCCGUCAUUCCUUACUGGCAUGAUCGCCAUCCGGGCCCAGUCGGCAACAGAAUCGCGUCUCCGAUCUUGUAUGCGGUUCUGAAGUUCCAGUGGGAGAUUGGACAGUCACCAGGAUUCCGCAAUUCGGAGCACAGGGUUGCCGAGAAGACGCUGUACUGCUUGCAGAGGUUCACGCAGGAGACUGCGCACCGCGUUGAGACCUCGCGUAUGCACAUGGCUGCCCAUGCACAGAACGGCAUGGAGGUACAAAACCAGCCAGGGUUUGCUGAGUUUAAUGAAGAGAUGUUGCAUCCACAGGCACAGAAACACUGGCUUGAGCAGACUGUCUUGCUUGCCAAGUGCUAUCUACGCCAGGGUGAGUGGAUGGUCUCGCUGAACAAGGACGACUGGCAGCAGAGAUACCGCGCUGAAGUCCUUGACUGCUACUACAAGGCUACCCACUACAACAACAAGUGGUAUAAGGCUUGGCACGCAUGGGCUCUGGCCAACUUCGAAGUCGUUCAGUACCUGACAGGAAACCGUGAGGUUGAUGUGCGCAACAAUGGGGAGCAGAAUUACAUCAUUCAAUACGUGGUGCCUGCUGUUCGCGGAUUCUUUGAAUCCAUCGCGCUGUCCUCUGGCAGCUCUUUGCAGGACACUUUGCGCCUCUUGGCCUUGUGGCUCACCCACGGUGGCCACAUUGAUGUCCAUAACGCCGUCACUGAAGGAUUUACGCGUGUCAGUGUUGAUACCUGGCUUGAGGUCAUACCCCAGUUGAUCGCCAGAAUCAACCAGCCUCACAAGAGGGUGCAGCAGUCAGUCCAUGGGUUAUUGGCCGACGUUGGUCGUGCUCACCCCCAGGCGUUGGUGUAUCCGUUGACAGUCGCAAGAAAGUCCUGGCACAACACGCGUAGGGUACGGUCGGCCAACCAAAUUCUUGAAAGUAUGCGUCAACACAGUCUCCGGCUUGUUGAGCAAGCGGAAAUUGUCAGUGGUGAGCUCAUUCGCGUCGCAGUGCUAUGGCACGAGUUGUGGCACGAGGCCCUCGAGGAAGCUUCGCGCUUGUACUUUGGCGACCACAACAUCGAGGGCAUGUUUGCCACUCUCGAGCCGCUUCACGAGUUGCUGGAGGCUGGCCCGCAAACCCUUAGGGAAAUCUCUUUCGCCCAGACCUUUGGCCGUGAUUUAAGCGAAGCGCGGGAUUGGUGCCGUCAGUAUCAAGAGACACAAGACUCCAAUGACCUUAACCAGGCAUGGGACCUUUACUACACGGUGUUCCGUCGCAUCACCCGUCAACUUCCGCAGAUGACCUCCCUCGAGUUGGCUUACUGCUCGCCUAAUUUGCUAAACGCCAAGGAUCUCGAACUUGCUGUGCCCGGAACGUACCGCAGUGGCCAGGAGGUUGUUAGGAUCAUGUCUUUUGACGCCACCUUCAGCGUGAUCAGCUCCAAGCAGCGGCCUCGCAAGCUCGAUAUCGUUGGCAGCGAUGGCAAGACAUACACUUUCCUUCUCAAGGGACACGAAGAUAUCCGCCAAGAUGAGCGUGUCAUGCAGCUGUUCGGUCUUUGCAAUACUUUGUUGGCCAACGACUCGGAAUGCUUCAAACGACACCUCAACAUUCAGCGAUACCCGGCUAUUCCUCUUUCACAGAACUCUGGUCUUCUCGGCUGGGUCCCCAACAGUGACACUGUCCAUCAGUUGAUUCGGGAGUACAGAGAUUCCAGAAAAAUUCUCCUCAACAUUGAGCACCGUAUCAUGUUGCAGAUGGCUCCCGACUACGACAACCUUACGCUUAUGCAAAAGGUUGAGGUCUUUGGAUAUGCUCUUGAUAAUACCACUGGCCAGGAUCUGUACCGUGUCCUGUGGCUGAAGAGCAAGUCUUCUGAGGCCUGGCUGGAUCGGAGAACAAACUACACACGUUCUCUUGGUGUCAUGUCGAUGGUCGGCUACAUCCUCGGCUUGGGCGAUCGCCAUCCGAGCAACUUGAUGCUUGACCGUAUCACGGGCAAGAUCAUCCACAUUGAUUUCGGUGACUGCUUCGAAGUAGCCAUGAAGCGCGAGAAGUAUCCUGAGCGGGUGCCGUUCAGACUGACUCGCAUGCUCACAUAUGCUAUGGAAGUUAGUAACAUAGAGGGUAGUUUCCGUACCACUUGUGAGCAUGUGAUGAGGGUGUUGCGCGAGAACAAGGAGAGUGUCAUGGCUGUCCUUGAAGCUUUCAUUCACGAUCCUUUGCUCAACUGGCGCUUGACCAACCCUACCAGUCCGCCCGGUCCCAACUUCAACGCCGAGCGAGAGGUCGCCAUGCCGGGUGGCCCUGGUCCGCGCGCCCGCAGGCCAUCAAUCCUUGACGCUCCCGUGGCACCCACCGAGUUCCUUGCCGCGCAGGCUGCUCCUGGCGCAGAUGGGCAUGGAAUGGGGAUGUCCGCUAACCCCGGACGCUCCCGUGCCCGCACCAAUUCGUCUGCCAUCUAUCCGACUGGUAGCAGCAUGGUUAAUGGCCAUGGAAACAACCAGCAAGAGCAACAGGAGGUUCAGAACGCGCGCGCCCUCGAGGUUUUGGACCGUGUGCAGCAGAAGCUCACUGGUCGCGACUUCAAGCCUCAUGAGGAGCUCAACGUUACUGAUCAGGUCAACAAGCUGAUCAUCGAGGCCACCAAGCUUGAGAACUUGUGCCAGCACUACAUAGGAUGGUGCAGUUUCUGGUAA